CAUGACGAUCAGGAGACAUACACAUCUCAUAUAGAUGGAAGAGAAGAAAAAUAUUUGAUCAAUUUGCUGUACUUUUAUUUUCUUCUUGAUUGCUGUCAUUUUCUCUUUGAAAGAAACCGUUUGGCUAACACGCGGAUAUACGAAUACUUGUCCUGCAUUUUUGUGAGCUUGUAAAAUAUUCUCAGUGCAAGUGCACGCACACUAAACACAAAGGUCAAUUUACGUAAUACCCUUCUUUAGAAAAUUGGGAGCGUGUUUGGGAAUUCUCUUCGUUUGAGCUCAUCGAAGGAUUUUCAAGUGGUUCCUUGUGAUGUCUUACAUUCGCAUUUUGGGAGGUACUGCAGCCGUGAGCGGUGGACUUUAUGCAUUUUAUAGAUUUCGUGACAAGAAACAACAGGUAUGUAAAAUGAGAUAGUUUACAGUUCCCUAACCUCUUUUCGCUUCCAUGCUUUUCAAUGUUCGUUUGAAAUGGGUUUGUUCACUAACCUGUUUAGUGCACGUGCAUCGUGCAAUUCAGAUCUACUAGCUUCAAGCCUUGAAUAGCCACAUUCAAUAUGUUAAAAUUCAGCCUAGAACAAGCAGAAUUCUCAUCCAAAAGUAGUUGUAGGAAGGGACAGUAUAGUGAGUGCCCCCGCUCCCCCGACCUCAUAAGCAGUCUUUGUGUGGUAAACCGAUGUGGAGUUUUGGGGCUUAUUUUCCAGAGACUCAUAGUGGUAUCUAUUGUUUCUAGCUGAAAGUUAAGAUAAAGUUAGGCCAUUGUUCUUUCAUCAUUUUUUUUCUGUUUUCUGCAUGUUUGUGUGUUGCAAAAUUAUGAGAUGGAUGGUCCCCUUAAUAGUCUACACUUAAGCCAUAACCUGCACCCACAAUAUUGUCUACAGUUCCCAUUUUCAAGUAGCAGAGAUGUCGUUAAGAGCCGGCUGCCAGCUAAUUUCACCAGCUGAAAAAGAGCUUACCACCAGCUCAAAUUACAAACGAAAACAAAGUUGCAGUUGAGUAAAAAAGCCGGCUUGACUAAUAAAAAAGCCUGCUUAUCCUUUCCUUAGCUACAUCCCUGCUGUAAGGCUGUAGAGAUGAGUGGUUUAAUUACUAUGAUAAGCAACUGUCUUUGUGUUAAAUAAUGUACAGAAGGGGCAAAAGGGAGUGGUAGCAAAGGCACAAANGUAGGAAGGGACAGUAUAGUGAGUGCCCCCGCUCCCCCGACCUCAUAAGCAGUCUUUGUGUGGUAAACCGAUGUGGAGUUUUGGGGCUUAUUUUCCAGAGACUCAUAGUGGUAUCUAUUGUUUCUAGCUGAAAGUUAAGAUAAAGUUAGGCCAUUGUUCUUUCAUCAUUUUUUUUCUGUUUUCUGCAUGUUUGUGUGUUGCAAAAUUAUGAGAUGGAUGGUCCCCUUAAUAGUCUACACUUAAGCCAUAACCUGCACCCACAAUAUUGUCUACAGUUCCCAUUUUCAAGUAGCAGAGAUGUCGUUAAGAGCCGGCUGCCAGCUAAUUUCACCAGCUGAAAAAGAGCUUACCACCAGCUCAAAUUACAAACGAAAACAAAGUUGCAGUUGAGUAAAAAAGCCGGCUUGACUAAUAAAAAAGCCUGCUUAUCCUUUCCUUAGCUACAUCCCUGCUGUAAGGCUGUAGAGAUGAGUGGUUUAAUUACUAUGAUAAGCAACUGUCUUUGUGUUAAAUAAUGUACAGAAGGGGCAAAAGGGAGUGGUAGCAAAGGCACAAAAAAAAUACUUUCUCUCACUUGCCUUUGAAUCUAACCCCUCCCCCUGAUUCCCUCAGUAGAUUUGAUACUCCAUUCCAGGAUACUCAGUGUAUGGUUCCACCAUUAUAUUAAACUUUCAUAACGAUGAUCAGAUUCUGGCAUGUUAUGUGCUUCCAGCAACUUUGAAGAAUCUUGUGAUUCACACAAGUGGAAGCAAAGGGAACACAUGUCAAGGCUGUGCUCUUACGAAAAUUGAAGGGAGCCCAGUGCUUUGAACCUGUAAAAUCCAGGGUGCCCAGCAUAUGAUUUGUACGAAAAAUCUGAGAUUUUCUAGUCACCCGAGAGAAAAGUUUAGCGCUAGGGGCCACCGGGCUCUGCUGGAGCACAGCCCUGCAUGUCCAAAUUAGUUUAGUUUAGUUUAGUUUGUGACCCUGCCAAUUUGGCAGGGUCACCACAACAGUAUAAAGUCAAUAACUACUGUAAGCCCUUAAUGGUCCCCUUCACAUUAUGAGACAUAGACCACUCCACUAGGAUCUCUGUCCCUUACUCUUCUCAAACAACAGUGUGGGUUCCUAACCCUCCCGGCCACCUUCUUUCAACAAAUUAUUAUCAAGUGCAAGUGCUGAUGUGCACAAGAAUAUGUUAGUGACAUCGCAUUUUUGUUGUUGCAGAACCCUUUAUUAUCCCCGGUUAUUGCUGCAGAAAAGACAGUUGUAGGACAACCAAAUAACCCUCUUCCUUCAAGAUCUGUUCACAUCAAUGCUUUGAAGAACACACCUAAAUUUGAUGUUUUGGUGAUCGGUGGUGGCGCUUCUGGUUGUGGAGUAGCUCUUGAUGCUGUGACCAGGGGUAAACAAGAAUUUAUUUUAAUAUAUAUAGUAAAAAAUCCAUUUGGCCAGGAGUCUGUUCAGUUACACAGGAAAAAAUAACAAAUUCCUAAUUCUGGAUAUUUUAGGGUAUUUAAAGAAUACCCACAAAAAUCCCAAAUUUGAAAGAGUGAGACAAGUCCCAACCAGGGAACUUGGUUGGGAAUUCCCUGGUUGGGACUUGUCUCUCUUUGCCAAAUUUGGGAUUUUUAUGGGUAUUCUUUAAAUACCCUAAAAUAUCCAAGAAUGGGAAUCUGUUAUUUUUUCCUGUGUUAUAGAUCACAGAUGGCGUCACCUUGCAGAGCAAUCUUUGUUGAGCAUGCAAAGCAUGUUGCUAGGACAUAGAUUCCAACUGAGGCCAAGGUGUACUUGCUACAGAGGGCUUGGUUAUAAUCAUCCAUUUAUAAAUAAAUGGAUGCUCAUGCUAAAAAAAAGAAAACAGUUUGAUGAGAGAGAAUAAGAUUGACUAGUCCAGAAGUUUUGUUUGCGGCAACCUCCAAGGUUUGAUGUGAUUCAGGCAGAGCCUCGUUUUUUCUCCUCACUUAAGAAAUAGACGAAAUUGGAGGUGUGUGUGGCCAAGUGGUUAACAUCUCAAACUCCGGAUCUAGAGGUCUGGGUUUCAAGCCAUUGUUUCCUUAAACAAGGAACUUUACUCCACUUUGUCUGUCUUCAAAAAAGUGGCCAAUGUCAGCUCAGUCAUCUUUCUUUGUAAAUAGUGUAAUUCUGGUUUUGUGCUUGUAUGGCAUCAGUGAAGGUAAAAUAAUUUUUAAUUCUUUUUCUGUUCUUAAUGCCUAUUAUUAUUAACACUCCAUUGUGGUUCCUUCCAUGAAUGUUACAAUGCAUGUACCUUAUAUUGCACUUUUGAAUGAUGAUGAUGAUGAUGUUGGUGGUGGUGGUGGUGGUGGUGGUGGUGGUGUUAAGAGAUAAUAAUAAAGGGUGAUUUUGAUUGAUUUAUAGGCCUGAGCACAGCUUUGGUGGAAAGGGAUGAUUUUGCAUCUGGGACUAGCAGUCGUAGUACCAAACUAAUUCAUGGAGGGGUGCGUUAUCUACAGAAAGCCAUUAUGCAGUUGGAUAGGGAACAGGUAAUUUGCAUGUUAAGUGCAAAAAUAUACUUCCAUUGAAUUAUGCAAGAAGAUAAAUUGUCAACUUUUAUUUUAUUGGUGGCAUUUUUUGCACCAGUUUUUAGAUUAUUGAUAUACCCAAUGUAAGUUAUUUCUUUUGUUUUGUGUUGACAGUAUCGCCUUGUAAAGGAGGCACUGCAUGAAAGAGCCAACUUGUUGGCUAUUGCCCCACACUUAUCAGCUCCUUUGCCAAUCAUGCUUCCCGUUUACAGGCAAGUGAUGUUAACUGUUCAUUGAAAUUAUUACAUGUACAGUUAAACCCUGUUAAUACAGACACUGAGGGGGCCAUAAAAAAUGUCCUUUUUUAACAGGGUGUCCAUCUUUAGUGCAUUGAAUUUAGAGGAAAUUUAGGGGCUUUCUAACUGUCCCCAAUGACAAAUUAACUAUCCAAAAUAAUGGACUGUCUACCUUAAGUAAAUGUCCGUAAAGUGGGAUUUCACUGUACCUGGUAUCUUAAAUAUCGCUUGAUUUUCAAAUCAUAAUCAAUUCCCAUGAAGUUAUUUUAAUGACCAGAGUUAGCCAAAGGUUUGAGUUACUGAGAGUAAAAUUACAGUGAAUGUAUGAAGGAAAUCCAGGAGAAAUCAACUUUGGUUUGAGUUAGCACGAGGUUCAAUUUAGUGAGGGAUUUAAGUUAUCGGGAGUCACCUACAUGUAUUUCUCACAGCAACAGUAAUAUGAUAGUCAUAUUAAAAAUAAUAACAUUUUUAUUUUCAUUAAAAAUUAACUAAAUUUGUACUUUUUUUCAGAUGGUGGCAACUCCCUUACUUUUGGGCUGGAAUCAAAAUGUAUGACCUUGUGUCAGGUCGUCAACUUCUCAAGAGUAGCUAUGUUGUUGGAAAAAAGAAGGCUUUGGAGCUCUUUCCAAUGCNAGAUGGUGGCAACUCCCUUACUUUUGGGCUGGAAUCAAAAUGUAUGACCUUGUGUCAGGUCGUCAACUUCUCAAGAGUAGCUAUGUUGUUGGAAAAAAGAAGGCUUUGGAGCUCUUUCCAAUGCUUAAAAAGGACAAAUUGUGUGGAGCAAUUAUUUAUUAUGAUGGUGAGUCAUGGACCAAAUUUGAAGAUAGGGAGCUCUUUUAUAUAUGGCCAGUUACAAUUUGCCUCUGAGACCAGCUUUCAUCAUACACUAGCUUACAAUAAAGAUGACCUGAUUAAAGUGUACUUGUAAAUUAAGCAUGAAGUGCUGCUGGAUGACACUGUUCUAUGUCCACUCCUUUUCUGGAGAGAGCACCAAAUUUUUACGUUCUCAUUUGAUUGCGGUAAAGGUCUCACUAGCUAUUUCAAGGGCAGCUGGCAGUAUGCUCUUUGUCUUUCAGUUAUUUUAAGAUUAGUUUAAGUCCCAUUGCAGAUUGAUGUAUUAAUAACUUAGCUAUCCCUGGCAUGAUCAACAAGUUCACUUUUGAAGAGAUUAGCCAAACCCUGAAGUUUGCAUUAGGGAGGUGUACUUUGCUUCAUGCCAAGUUUACUUGCAGAAAAACAAGUGAUACCCAGAUAAUCAUUGAUAUAGAGCCUUAGAGAGCUUUAGAUACAGAGUUUUGCAGGCUACAAACAAACAGGUGUUUUCAUCAUCACCUCUUAACCUUUGCUGUCUGGUAACAAUGAUCUAAAUUAUUGUUGUGAACGGAGGGCCAUUCAAGGCUACUACCAUUUUGUAUGCUGAAAAGACAGAAAGAUCAGUACUUUUAAUUCCAAAAGGAUUUUUUUGAGAAACCUGAAAGUUGACUUAUAUUUUCCUUUUUAAUGAAAGGUUUAUUACAUGUAAUUUUUAAGGACAACAUGAUGAUGCAAGAAUGAACCUCGCUAUCGCACUUACUGCUGUGAGGCAUGGGGCAUCUGUGGCCAAUCACGUGGAAGUAUUGUCUCUUCUUAAAAGAAAGGGUAGGAACCAAUAGAGCAUACUAAGCACUGACACCUCUGAAAACAGUUUAUUUUGCUUUUUAUGAGUCGCAAUUUUUCCUGAGGGGAAGCCAAGAGAGACAUAGAGUUUCUAGGGGAACAAAAUUUAUUUAUCUCCCAAGGGACCAGGGUCAUUAAGACCCCCUUCACUUAUUUUUGAAAACGGAGAUUUUUUCUCCAUUUUAACCUAAACUUCCUUCUACGCGUAAACCGCAAUUUCCGGCACCAAAAACUAUGGUUUCCCAAAAAGGUCCUCAGAGUGGACCUUGUUGAAAACGCUGGCUUCUUGUUUACGUGUGAACGGACGGGUACAUAGGUUUUGGAAUACGAUGAUGUCAUCAUAAGGGACAGUUACUACAUUUUAAUAUGGUCGCUGUGCGACUACCUCGUGUGAACGGACGGAACCGUAGGUUUUCGAAUACGAUGAUGUCAUCAUAAGGAGCAGUUACUACAUUUAAACAAGGUCGCCGUGCGACCACCUCGUGUGAACGGACGGAAACGUGGGUUUUCGAAUACGAUGAUGUCAUCAUAAAGAGCAGUUACCACAUUUAAAUACCGUCGCUGUGCGACCACCUCCUACAAGGAAAGCUUUCGUAAACGACCACCUCCCGCAAGCGACUGCGGCGACCAGUGUUCAAUUUGGGCUGAUGGUUUAAUGAUUUUCCAUUGUUUUUAACCUCUUUUAAGUGACCACUAGACGAAUUAUCUGAUCUCCAUGUUCGCGCUGUGUGUACUUACAGGAGGUUUGACUCUACCCUAUUUUCUGGGGCAGCAAUUAAUAAUUAUAGCAUGUCUCCUUUCAAUCGACUUAAUCCAAGCAAAAAAAGCUAUGCAACUUUCAAUGAACGUUUUUCUACAGAAGAAGGCAAAGAGGAUGAAGUAGUUUGUGGGGCUCACGUUCGUGACGUGAUUACUGGCGAGGAAUUUGAUGUGCAAGCAAAGUGCGUCGUCAAUGCCACAGGACCCUUUACUGACGCAAUACGAAAGAUGGACGAUCCAACAGAGAAGAAUAUCUGCCAGCCAAGCUCCGGGGUGCACAUCGUACUCCCAGAAUACUACAGGUACUGUAGGCUGAGAAAACACACGACGCCAAGUGGUCUCCUCGCGAAACGAGUCCAGAAAUUCCAUACUGAUGACGUGUCACUACCCAGAUCAGGGUAGUGCUUUUGAUUCGUUGAUGCAAAUUUCCUUCGUGGCACGACCAAUCAGAAGCGCCACCCAGUUAUGGGUACUGAUACGUCAUCAGUAUGGAAUUUCUGCACUCGUUUCUCAGACGUCAUUUCGCGGAGAAACCAUUGGUAACGUCUCGAAAUGUCGGCUGUUUCCUUGGACUGCAGCCGCCAGUUGUUCAAAACGCGGAUAGUGCUAUUCUCCGGAGAAAUCUCCAUCCACUGGAUAGCGUAAUUGUUUUUCCUACUAUUGUUCGUUCUUUAAGCCAAGUAUAUGUACGUGAAACUAUUUACACCUCGACUGAAUAAACUUGUAUCUUAACGAUUCUAAUCGGAAUGACUCUGGAUCGAAACGACCGAUAGGACCUCGCUCAAGCAUUGGAAUUAUUACACAAAAACAUUUCGAUCACUUCAGUAGAAUAAAGUCAACAUGCACAUCUUUGAAGGCUUCCGAUCGUUUCGCUACAAAGUUUUUCGCCACAUUUUACAGCAUAAUAUUUCAGCUAAUCGGGUUUCAGUUUGAAAGAGAGUGCUAGUUUCAACUUAGAACUUGACGCAAGUAACUCGGAAAAAUAGCUAGCUUGACGGACUAGCUACCACGAGUGUCUUGUAGCUAAGUGUUAGAGCAUUUGAACUGGCAACCAGAAUGUCAACUCCAGUGGAUAGAUAUCGAUUUUGUUUUGUCUUUGUGCCCUGUGUCACUGACAAAAAAAUAACCAGUUCAUUCUGUUUUGAAAGAAACUAAUCAUGCUUUUUACUUUCAUUUUAGUCCAAAAGAUAUGGGUCUUCUGGAUCCAGCGACGAGCGAUGGACGAGUCAUCUUCUUCCUUCCUUGGGAAGGUGAGAUGUAUAAGUCUUACUGAAAGUUAGAAGGCCUGACUACGAGUAGUCCCCCAUUUUUCCUCAGGGAUAGCAGAGCGAGCGAAAGGCGAGCGUGCGUGAAAAUCACCCCACGCGAGAGAAAAGGCGACACGCGUUCCGCUCGCUCUACUAUCCCGGAGGAAAAAUGGGGGACUACUCGUAGUCUAUAGAAGGCCUUACUAUGGGUGCCUUUUGCUGUUGUUUUUGUAUUGUUUUGUUUUAUUUCCAAAAGGAAGUAGCAAGUUAUGGAAUCAUCAGUGUACUAUUGAGUUUUUCUGUUUAAUGCGUCUCGGAAAUACGAUAUUACAGCCAACCAUUGAUAUUUUUAAAAUCGUUUCCUUGUCAUUUGUAGGAAAAACAAUCGCUGGUACAACGGACUCCCCAACAGAACUGUCGCCCAACCCGGCCCCAAAAGAAGCCGAGAUUCAGUUUAUUCUUAGUGAAAUCAAGCAUUACCUUACUGAAGAUUUAGAAGGUAAGAGUCCCAAACCAGUAAGCAGUUUCUCUAAGAUAUGCCUGACAGGAUCCUUGCCUCCUGUGUAGACGCUUUUUAGAAUUUGUCACGCAUUAUACCUUUUCAAGGUCAUACGAAAAUCGCUCUAUCAAUGCUUUGUUGCAGUUCGUCGUGGUGAUGUACAAGCGGCGUGGAGUGGUAUCCGACCUUUGGUCAUAGACCCGAACUCUAAAAAUACCGCUUCAAUCGCCCGCAAUCACCUGAUUUUGGUCAGCAAAAGUGGACUAGUAACGAUUGCUGGAGGCAAAUGGACCACCUACCGCUCCAUGGCAACAGAUACCAUGGAAGCCGCUAUUAAAGCUCGCGGGCUCCAGCCUGCUAGGAAUUGUCAGACCGACGGACUGUUCCUCGAGGGAGGAGAGGGUUAUACGUCAAAUUAUUUCAUCCGACUUGUACAGGAUUAUGGUCUUGAUGUUGAGGUUCGUCUAAUGGCUGAUUUAUAUACCCCUCAUUUGAUACUUUGAUGUAUGAUUAGAUAAGUCCAGAUAUUUUGAGUUGUCACAUCUUUUGCUUUAAAAAUCAUACAAGGGCUACAGAGCGCCCUCAGUCGCUCGAAAAAUAUGCCUACACGGAAUGCUAAUCCUGAGCGUGCGCACUGAUGUUUUGAUUUCCUACUCUAUCUAACCAGUCGAACUGGAGUAGUCCAUGUUGAAACUGGUUUGAAUUCGAAUACUGCAUUGGACUCCUAGUAAAGUGCACUCUGUUUUAGUUAACAGACUUGAAACCAUUGAAGAGUUUGAUGGUGCAGAAGAGAGACGGCGUUUUGCCGCAUGAUGCCUCGCGCCUAUACAUCGUUUCGAAUAAAAAUGAUUCAUACAAAAAGGGGUCAACUGGGGGGGCAAAAGAGGUCAAACGAACUUUUAGUAGUCGCAAAACAAACAGUUACUACCCUGGGUAGCCGGUUAUAUAUAGCGCGCGUAAGGUAACAAGAUCGUGAGUGAGGAAACUAUGAGGAGAAUUUCAGUUUGUUUAUUUAACAGUCGGCUGGUCAACUGGUUCAAAAAAAAAAAUUGUAAAGUUUGCUUACCUGAGAUCAGGCCCAACGUUAUCAACUUGCGUUCGCCGAAAAUUUACAUGCCAAGCCAGACGAAAAAAAGAGAUUGUCUCAGGUUUUGUUGUUCUUUUUUGUGGGCUAAACUGGUCAAGUCCUGGUUGCUUGUUGAUGAUAAACGCAAACUUAACAUGAAUUCCAUUUCUGUUAAACAGGUUGCCAAGCAUCUCGCUCAUUCUUACGGAACCAAAGCACCGGAAGUCAUUAAACUAGCCAAAGUAACCGGAAGUCGUUGGCCAGUCUUGGGAAAGCGUCUUGUAGAUGAAUUUCCAUAUAUUGAAGCGGAAAUUCGCUACGGUGUACAGGAGUACGCAUGCACGAUUGUAGACUUCCUUGCCAGGAGAACACGACUUGCGUUUUUGAAUGCUCAAGCAGCUGCCGAUGCCAUUCCGAAGAUUGCCGACAUCAUGGCGAAGGAACUGAACUGGUCCAAGGCCAAGAAAGAGGUAAUGUUAAUAUAUUUGUGCAAACCUGUUGAAGGGGGUGGGGCGGGAGAGGGGGGGGAUGACUGAAGGCAAGGCAGGUGGACGUUAGGAGAAAUUUAUCCUCGAUGACCUCCUUACAUUGGGCUUCGUCUGUUCCACACGUGAAGUGGGUGGUUAAGAUUUGUGUCUUCCAUGCAAGUGAAACCUUUUAUACCGUAAUGGUCUCUAUGUGGAAACUGCAAUCGGCGACAAAAUGAGUUUAGACGCCGCAAAAGGACCUUUCUGACGUGUUGCCGUCUUAAAAAGGCGAAAAUCAAGCUUUCCCUCUCCCAUCCCCUCCAUACAAUGUCGCGCUGCUGUUCGAGCUAGGAGACAACAAACAUCCCAACUUUGAAUGGAGGGGCUCGAUUCCCAGCGGAGUUCAGAUAAGAUGUUCUCUGCCUCGCGUUCUUUUCUCUUGUAUGAUCCUCAUGCAUUGAUCACCAAAGUUAUAAGUCUUCUUUAUUUUUAGGCCGAGAUCAAAGAAGCCCGGACAUUUCUCGAUACUGGUAUGGGAUUGGACGUUCAUGAACACGUACGGCGCGUGGAGGUGAAUUUCAACGACGAGGAAGUCAAGCAAUACGAGAAGAUGUUUGAGAAAAUUACCAAAUCCAAGCGAGGAUGUUUGAACUCGUUUGACUUGAGAAACAUGUUGAAGGAGAUGGGAGAGGAGGUAUCUGACAAGCAACUUCAUGAGCUUAUAGCUGAAGUGGAUAUUAAUAAGAAUUCAUGUGUGGACCUGGAUGAGUUUCUACAGGUUAGUUACUGAAAAUCCUAAUAUCAAUAUACAGAUUCUCCAAACUGUUCCGCCCUGCUACAUUUAAUACUAAUGUGGGGAACUUGCUUAACAAUCGAGACCUUUUGUGCUCGCUGAUCAUUUCCUGGAUUCUCAUGAACUAUACUUUUGUUUUAGUGGUGAUACUGAUGGGAGAAAUUAGAUUCUUGUCACUUUUCAGUGUUACAGGGAGACGUCGUGACCCUGUAACCCCCACAGAGAUUAGUGCGACGUGGACUCACAAUCUUGUAGCUGGUUGUUUUGUUGGAGAGAGCGUUGAAGCCGCGAGUAGAACGAGGCGGAAUCAACGAGAACAACAAUAACAAUGGUUUUUCUUUUCUUGUGGCCUCGCCGCUUGAAGCCCGCGCGAACUUUCAUAACUUCACCGCUCGUUUGCGCUCAUUUGCGCGCUCGCCAGACAAAAUCGCCAGCUACGCAGGCUAGCAAUCCGGAGAUCAUAAGACCGAGUCUUGCUCUGACCAUUCGCUGUGUUAUUGGCGGUCUGCUUGUUAAUACUGAACCAAUUGUUUGCAUCGUGCCGGGUGACGUUUUUACUCCUGUAUUUGGGCAAUAGGAGAGCAUAAAAAGACCAUUAUCCUCUCUUGAUUUGGGUUAUUUGUUUCAACUUAUCGAGGUUGCGUGCUCUGACGUUGCUUAAUCCUGUAAUAUAUAAGACCCACAAAAUCCACGGUGGUAUACUUCCUAGAUUCAAAAGGCGUCAUCUCUAGCCCGCUUAGCACGAGUCGGAUUUUAGAGCGGACGAAGAAACUUCGAGGACGCGCGCACGCACGAAAGGAAAAAGGAAGGAGCGGCCUCCCCUCUCCUUUGCGUGUUCCCCUCGCGCGUCCUAUAAAAACUAACCAAAUAAACCGUCGCCUGUCACGCAGGCAACGUCGUCUCUGGUUGCAGGGGAAACUAUAAUUUUACUCUCUGAGUCCAGCGCGGGAGAGAAAUUUGGGAUGGACAUUUCAUUACAUUUACUCAGAUUUUGUCAAAAUCAACAUUUGGUGAAUGCUUUUAUUACUGUUUAGCUGAUGAGCGCUCUAAAGACAGGAGCUGUAGCCAACAAUCGUUUUGCGGUCAUCAUCGAUCGACAUCACAAACAUUUAACAGAACAGAUACCUGUGGACAGGAGCGGCGGUGGAGUAUGA